CGUCGACGGUCGUCUGCUGCGUCCUUCCAAUUAGAACCGCUGAUUGGGUCACGGAACGGGAUUGUCUCCUUAAGUGGUGACGUCACCGUGAGCGGAACGCGACUUCUUGGUUGCUUGUUUUUUGUGUUUUUUCAUUGAUCUCUUGGCGUGAUCACGUCGAAGUCGCAUCACGGAGGAAAGGAUAAUCGCUGCGCAGUUUUAUACUUCACUUCUCGGGGCGAACUUACGGAAGCGAAACGGCCUGGGCCGAGUUGCCUGAGCGCCAACGUCCGUGACACGGGAUUUCGUCAGAACACGAAAACGACGACAACAACAACAAAACAACGAUGGCCUACUCCGACUUAGCCGUGGUGGUUUUCGGUGAAGACACGUUUCUUGUGCGUGAGGUGUCAUUUGUGUUCUGUGUGCUCCGUUUGUUACGACUUUGAGGACGACUACCAGCACCUCUUCGUAUUUGCUACGCCACUGCACCCUUGUGCUUCGACGCUCGAAGAAAAACGUGGCCACGCCUUGGCUCUUUUGCGCAAGACUUGAAACAGGAUGCCUUCCUGGGGAUCUGGUUGUUUAAGGAGCUCCCAGAAACACCAACGCGAGGACGUGGCCUACCGACGUCGAACCGAGGCCCUGGAAGAUGUCUCGCUGACACUAACGAAGAGGCUCAGCUUCAUCAAUGAGGACAAGCGCGGCUCCUCGACAGUGGAACUAGUCAAGAGGGAAGGAUCUACGUUGGGCCUCAUACUAUCCGGUGGGAUCGAUAAGGGCAGCCGUCCGAAAGUCGAGUCUCUCCGGCCGGGCAGCAUAGCACACAGGUGUGACGCCCUGGCUGUCGGUGACCACAUUGUAGCCGUGAACGGAAUCCGGACCAGCAAGCUCAAGCAUGACGAGAUUGUUAACUUGCUCAAAAACGCCGGUGACAAAGUCGUGCUUGACGUUGAGUAUGAGAUUCCGAGCACAGCUGCAGAGAUGUCCAUGUGCGUCUGUCCCAAGGUGAUCCAAGUCAAGCUGGAGAAGGAGAACGGCAGCUUUGGCUUCCUCAUCCGCGGCGGCAACUGCCCCGAAAAGCUCAAGUGCCGUCCACUGACUAUCACCCACGUGCGACCAGGAGGCCCUGCCGACAGGGAAGGCACAAUUAAGGCAGGAGACCGACUGCUGGCAGUUGACAACAUCAACCUUAACAAUGCUUCCCUUAAUGAAGCCAUGGCUGUCCUGAAGCAGGUUGAGAAGCAAGCACUGCUUACCAUAGAGUAUGAUGUCUCGGUUAUGGAUGCCGUGCGGAAUGCGUCGGGACCUCUGCUUGUGGAAAUUGACAAGACACCAGGAGCACAGCUCGGAGCGACGUUGACCCAAGUUCCGCAUGGCGAAGGAGCAAUAGUUUUUGACAGCAUUAAGCAAGCAAGUGUGGCUGAAAGGUGCGGGGCACUCCACGUGGGUGACCAGCUCUUGGCCAUCGAUGGGACGCGGGUGGACCAGAUGACAGCGGCAGAGGCCAUGCAGCUCCUGAAAAUGGCCAUCGGAGAUGUCAUCAGACUGGAGAUCCUUCCCAUCAGCCAGAUGGCACUCAGGAAAUGCCCCAGCACCCAGUCGAAAAGGAGUGGGGCUCCUCCGCCUCCUCCGCACGGUUAUGCCUCGAGCUACGACACCCUCUCGUCCAUGGGAGGUCACUCGAACCGGUCAGCAGCAACAGCAGCAGCGGGACGCUGCCCUCUGCCGCCGCUCCCUCCUCCGCAAGUGCCCUCAACCCCAUCUUCAUCGCGGAGGGGAAAGCCCAGCAGAAAGCACCUCCCGGAAUACCUCUCCAGCUCUUCAAACGCGUCCAUUUCAUCCGUGUAUGGGGUUCCCCCCUGUCUGGUCGGACCAAGCCAGCUGAGCCACACAGAGACCACCCAGGUAGUCAUUUAUGCCGACCACAAGGGAUUUGGCUUCGCCCUGCAGGGCCCCACCCCUUACUCCGCCGAUCCGCUGCCACCUGUUCCGACAAUCAGUAGCAUCGACCCAAGGGGACCAGCCGAGAGGACGGGAGUCGUGCAAGUUGGGGACAGGGUUCUCUCUGUUAACGGACAGACAACCGAAGGCCUUUCACUCGAGGAAGUCACCCAGCUAAUCCAACAGUCUCGACCACGUGUAGUCCUAGACAUCGAGUUUGAUGUUGCAGAAUCGGUCAUCCCAAGCAGCGGGACCUUCACUGUAAAGCUGGCAAAAAAGGGCCCCGGGCUUGGAAUCACUAUCACAUCCCCCAAGAACAGGCGACCCGGUGAGCCCCUCCUGAUAUCGGACAUCAAGCACGGCAGCGUGGCACAUCGCACGGGCACCCUCCAACCCGGAGAUCACCUCCUUGCCAUUGACUCGGUCCGCAUGGACAACUGCACCAUUGAAGAUGCCGCCCAAAUCCUGCAGGCUUCCGAGGAGGUCGUCAAGUUGCGGAUACGCAAGGACGAAGCCUUCUGCGAGGAACCAGACGCAACGGGAGCCGUGAUCUUCACUGUGGAGUUGGCCAGACACGGUGGACCGCUGGGCAUCACCAUCUCGGGGACGGAGGAACCUUUCGACCCCAUCAUCAUAUCGGGACUCACUGAGGGAGGCCUCGCAGAAAGGACAGGGGCUCUGCACGUGGGUGACCGAAUCCUCGCCAUCAAUGGUCAAAGCCUGCGUGGAAAGCCCCUCAGCGAGGCAAUUCUUCUGCUUCAAAACUCGGGGGACGUGGUAACACUAAAAAUAUCCAAGUCCCCAAGAAACCAAGGUCUGGACGCACACCGGAUCGAACGGCCCAAAGAGCCCGAGCCCAGCGGCUUCCUGAACCUGUACGCCACCCCUAUCCCAAGCGUCGACAGCGCUGUCGAGUCGUGGGACAGCUAUGGCGGACUUGAGGCUGCUGCGGCUGCAGCUGCGAUUGCCAACGGACCUGCGCCGAUCCAGAAUAAGGUCUUGCCACCUCCGACACCUGAUCUCAGUCGUCGUGAAGCAGAUGUUCCAACAACUGCAGCCCAGCCGUCUUCUCCGCAACAGUCCUGCCCAAACGUUUCUGCUGAGCUCAAGUCGUGGGAGAGAGAGGUCUGGGGUCACCGGCCACCACCAAACCUCACUGCUCCUGGCCCAAGCACAGCAAACCCUCAGGCCUUCAUCCAGACAAGCAACCAUUCGGCGGCAUCAGACAGCGGCUCUGCAGACUGGUCAAAGGUUCUCGAAGACCUCGAAACAUGCGGGCAAUCGAAACUGCUACGGCAGAUCGAGCGCAGUAUCAUGGGAAGCCUGCCUUCCAUUGCACCCCUGCCGCACCCAGAUAUGCACCUUCCAAAUCCGGAAAACCUUCAGUAUGACGACCUCUACGGGUUCCAGUCUCGACUUCAGUCCGACGACACAUCGACGGAGUGCGAGUUCCAGGCUGUCGACCACGAGCAAGCGCCAUUCACACUGUCCCCGUACGAAGUACAACAUGAUGGACAGCGCCAUGAUGGUUCCGUGACACCUUAUCCAAACUACGGUGGUCGCAUGACCGCGCCCAUUCCCAUUGAGGUGCACAGAGUCACGCUCUUCAAGGACAAAGUCUACGAGGACUUUGGCUUCAGCGUAUCUGAUGGCCUGUAUGAAAAGGGUGUGUAUGUCAACCGGAUCCGACCAGGUGGACCUGCUGACAUGAGCGGAAUACUCAAACCUUUCGACAGGAUCCUACAGGUGAAUGAAACCAAGACGCACGACUAUGACUGCUGCCUGACCGUCCCUCUCAUGGCUUCUGCGGGAGAUGCCGUCGAGCUCAUCGUCAGCCGACCUGCCUACAUCAAUGGCAAUUCGUCGCAUAGAAACUACGAGCCCUCAUCGUUUCAUCCCUGGAUUGACGACAACGACCGUGAAGACUGUUCGUCACCUCAGGGUUCACGGCCUGGCUCUCAAAUAUUGACCAAAACCCUAUGAAAUAUGCUUCGUCACCGCUGCAGGUUUCACAAUGUGUGAGCGAGAACAAACGAUACAGAUGUAUAAUGGGCAGGUGUUUUGGUCCAAAAUCACAAUGAAGGUUGUGAACUAACACGGGUAGAAGAGAACUCAUACACACCACGCGUGUCACAAGGGACGUCAUGCUUGAGAUAAUCAUUUUUGCUUUUCGAGGGUGAAAUGGUUUCUAUUCAUAGCUGGUGCAAAUAAUGCUGAAUAAUGUUGUUACAUUUGCAUUUUUAUGUCUUUUUUUUUCAGGUUUAAAUAUGCUAGGGCUACCAUUAUACCAGUUGUUUCACUUUAACCUUAACAGAUUUUUAAAUGUUAUUCAUUGCAGAUAGCACAAUUCUACUCCUUGGAUUACUGAAUUCUACUCGGCAUUACUUGGCAUUACUUUCAAUGAGAAAUCACCACACUGCUUAAAGGACUAAUGAUAAUUACUGCGAAUUAACAUUGCACAUUGGGACAAGGACAAGAAAUGGUGAUGACAAGUGCUGUAUCAAAUUAAAAAUUUUCCCCAAUUACCUUUAUUCCUACAGUCAACUUCAGAUUUUUCGGACUACCUAGGGGUUGUGAAAAAUGAAUACAUGCCUUUUACUGUCCCCAAAGCUCAAAUCUUCACAGACUUGUCCAAAAUAGCUCUGAAAGGCUGUAUUUAUUACAUGUAUCGGUGCUCGUACUGUGACAGGAGACGGCAGGCACACGCCUGUAUAAUUAAGAAAUGCAUACUGUAUCCCCUGACAGUUGCCCCUUUCCACGCUUGGUAUGCCUCACCACAAUACUUAGGCUCGUAACACUUCUGUGUUAAGGCAAAACUAACUUACGGGAACCAUCAUUAUGCAAAAAAGAGUCAUCGCCAUUGCUGACAGUAGUGAAUUCUUUCAAUGAAAAGCACGGCAGCGAACAGCAAGAAGCUUGGUAGUGAACGCUUGAUGCUAACGUCUGAUGCUGAAAUCUAAAGCUAGCCACCACCGUGGCGCCUAGCAGCUCCGCGGUGGUGGCUACGGCUUCCAGCGGAUGUGUGUGCAAGAAAAGCCCUGGUUUGAAGUGGAAAUAUAAUCAAAAUGGCGGCAGCGGUGGCUUCAAUUAAUGCCGUUUUGGACCUGUGGUCACGGCAGAAAGUCUGCAAAAUCGGACGGCGAAGGAUUUUCGUGUCCGAAGUUUCAGACGUUCUAUAAUAGGUUACUCUACAUGGUACAUGUCGGUGCCACGAAGGCGUCCAAAUUAUUGAGCAUGUCCGAAAAAUCGGGCGCCCGGAAAAUGGGUCGUUGACUGUAUUCCCUUUAAGGCACAUAUUGCAAUUUACAAACAGAAGUUGCCAAGUCCUCAAAGCACGACAUUUGAUGCAAAUUUUAAAGCUAGCACCAGUAUUGAGAUAAGCACCUUCCCACUUUCAGUAAGGUGUACUGCUGAGCCACCCAAUUUUCUGACAUCAAGGCACUUCGUCACACAAUACUGAUGGCAUAUCGCAAUACUGGUGUCAGCCUCAAAAUGCCUGUCAAGAGUUUAUGCCCUGCAGACUCAUCGACUCCAAUUCGAAAAUUUUCAUAGGUGUGUAAAUGGAUUAGAUAAAUAGUUAAUUAGUGAAACUUGACUAAUUAGUCUUAAUGUAUUUUCACAGUUUGCAUACGUAACAUACACCUCUAUGAGUAAUCCAGCUCAGGGAAUAGAAUUGUGCUCAUAAGAGAUUUUAAAGAAUUCUAUUGAGAUUAAAAUAAAACAUCCAUAUAUAUAUAUAUAUAUACACACAGCUGCUUUUGCCUACAUUGAAGUUGUUACCGUGCAUGUUGGAGCUGCAGAUUUUUAUGGACAUGAAGAGAGUGGAGGAUAGCCAUUGUUGGGCCAAAAGGAAUUGUCAGACAAUGCAUUUAUGGGAGUGAAAAACUUGUCUUUUGCCAAGAGAAACCUUCAAAACCACUUUCCAAUGUAGUAGUCCAGCAACCACGUUCAAGCAAAAGCAAGAAGAAACUCAGCCAACAGUGUUCAUACCAUGAAAGGUUUCGAAAAGCCACAUCACAUAGCCAAUUACUCAUUUCUGCCGUCUUCAUACCGUAGCCUCCAACUGUUUCUCGAUAUUACAGUGUUCACAUUCUACAUAGUGAUGUAUCCGCACUCAAGGUUUCCUCAAUCUUAAUUAGCUUGUACAUAAAACAGUAAGCAAUUUUGCUCAGCGUUAAGGAGAACAGCUAGUCAUUGAAACACUGAUCCGUGUUUCAAGUUUGAUCACCUAUUUACAUAAAUACAAAGGCAGCAAAGAGGUUAUGCUGCUUUCCAAGUGUUAUGGUAAAAUAUCACCAUGUGUAUGUAGAAACGCCUUGCUCACAUCAGUAUCUUCACUGCAACAAUUGAAUGAACAGAGCUGGAAGGUACAAAAAGCGAAUAAAUAAAAGCUGAAGGCCUGUUUCAUCAAAUACACAAGGAUGGUUAUUCUGCUUGGUAUUUGUUCAAAGUGCCUUUUAAGCUUGCCUAUCCAAAGGCAAGCGCUGCCACGUAAGUUUCUGAAGAGUAAUUCAUGAGCUUUGCUGAUGUACAGUUAUUUGGUUGUCUAGAGUUUCAUGAAGCAUGGAAAUAAAGAAUGCGUUCUUUAAAGCAAAAUACAA